AUGGCUCCUGCAAAGGCAAUGAAGGCUACCAAGGCCAAGAAGGUUGCUAUGAAGGCCAUGAAGGGUCAGAAGGUGAUGUCCAAGGGAGGUCUUGCCACUGAGUUGGCCAACGCCACCGAGAUGAAGAAGAGUCAGAUCACCAGCAUUUUGAACUCUUUGGCCGAGAUUGGUGCAGGGGAGGUGAAGAAGACUGGCAAGUUCACUCUUCCAGGGCUCUGCAUGAUCAAGACUCGCCAGAAGAAGGCCACCAAGGCAGGCAAGAAGAUGAUGUUCGGCCAGGAAGUGAUGGUGAAGGCACAGCCUGCGAAGACCGUGGUGAAGGCAUUUCCGGUGGCAAUGAAGGCUACCAAGGCCAAGAAGGUUGCUAUGAAGGCCAUGAAGGGUCAGAAGGUGAUGUCCAAGGGAGGUCUUGCCACUGAGUUGGCCAACGCCACCGAGAUGAAGAAGAGUCAGAUCACCAGCAUUUUGAACUCUUUGGCCGAGAUUGGUGCAGGGGAGGUGAAGAAGACUGGCAAGUUCACUCUUCCAGGGCUCUGCAUGAUCAAGACUCGCCAGAAGAAGGCCACCAAGGCAGGCAAGAAGAUGAUGUUCGGCCAGGAAGUGAUGGUGAAG